GUCUCCUCCACCAUGUCUAUCACCGACUUUCUCGCAGCAUCAGACAUAACUUCGGCUAUUAACGCUUGUAAAGCGAAGGAUUCCUUUAGCCCCAAGAUGUUUUUCAAAACAGUGGGUUUAUCCAAGAAAACUCCAACAGAGAUCGAGAGGGUCUUUAAGAUUUUGGACCAGGACAAAAGUGGCUUUAUAGAACAGGAUGAGUUACAGCUGUUCCUGCAGAACUUCUCCAAAGGAGCGAGGCUCCUGACUGCAGCUGAGACCAGAGGUUUCCUGCUGGAGGGAGACUCGGACGGAGACGGGAAGAUCGGCCGGGAAGAGUUUUCUGCGCUGGUCAAGUCUUCAUAAACAUGCGUGGCCUCUCUGACUUGUUGGAUGGUGAUAAUCUCAGGGUGGACCUCUUUUUAUAAUGUUUACUAGCUACAGUAGAUUACAAGA